AUGGGCAAUCAAAAUAAAAUUCAACAAAAUAUUGAAAAUAUUCAACAACAAGAUCAAUCUUAUAUUAUUAAUCUUGAUGAAAUUGUUGAACAAUGGAUUUGGUCUAUGUGGAAUAAAACAAAAACAAAAUCAUUAUCACGUUUUAAAUAUGAAGAUCUUAUUGUAAAAAUAAAUUGGAAACAUGUUUCAUUCCGACAAAAUAAUAUUAAUUAUUAUAAUUCAUCAUUUUUAUAUUUUCCACGAACAAUUUUUCGAACAAAUUUUGAUAAUAAAACAACUAAUGAACAUUCAUGUACAUUUGCCACGGAAAAAUCGACAUAUUCAAUAUUUAAAUUUACAUUCAUUCGUAGUUUAUAUAAAUCUCAAGAAUCAACUAUUGUUUUUCAUUUACCUAAACAAAUUAUUCAACUCAAUAAUGGUAUACAACAUGAACAAUCUAUUCCAUUCGGAAAAGAUACUACAAAAGAAUAUGAAAAAUUUUGGAACGUAAAUAGUCAAAUACGUGUUCCGUCUCUGACUCGUAUUAUAGCCGAAUUAAAUAUUGACGAGGAAGAAUUUCAUAGUCAUUUUUCUUUAUCUAUACAAUUUUCUGGUCGUAUUACAGCAACUAUUUCAGCUCGUCAAUCACCAAAUACUUAUUUGAAAAUUAUUCAUGGUGAUAUUGUUCAAAUUAUAUGUCACGCAAUGAAAAAUAAUUCUCGAUUAAAUAUGUUUAAAUUAAUACAAGGAAAUUCUCCUUCAAUAUGUUUUAUAAUCUAUGGUAAAUGUUUAUUUCGUUAUGGUGUUAAACAAAAUAUUGUACUUAAUCAAGAACUAUUGGAAAAACCAUCAGUUUCUUAUCCUAAUAUGCCAUCAGCUCCUUUAGAAUUUUCUUAUUGA